ACACCAUGGGAACGUGCUGCAGUAGCCCAUGCCGAGACAGGGUUCCAGAUAACCACCCUACCAAGUUUAAGGUGACAAAUGUUGAUGAUGAGGGCAAUGAGCUGGGCUCAGGGAUAAUGGAAUUGACACAGAGGGAGCUUGUUUUGCACACUCAUAAACGCGAUGCUGUUCGGUGGCCCUACCUUUGCUUGCGUCGCUAUGGCUAUGAUUCCCAUCUCUUCUCCUUUGAAAGUGGACGUCGCUGCCUGACUGGACAGGGAAUUUUUGCAUUCAAGUGCUCAAGAGCUGAAGAGAUAUUUAAUUUGCUGCAGGAUCUGAUGCAGUGUAAUAGUAUCAGUGUGGUGGAGGAACCUGUUGUCAUUACAAGGAAUGCAGCUGAACUGGAACUAUCCCGGACUCCCCAAACACCCGAUACUAAUUGUGCUCCCAUUUCUUCAUUUUUUGAAUAUAUAGUCCCAGGUUUUCCUAAUGGGUUCCACAACUUCCCUAUGGAGCCCUCAUCUUGUCCUGCAGCCUGCCAUGCCCCCAUGAGUAGUCUAAGGCAUUCUUCCAUUGGAGAGGACGCUACGCAUGCUCUUAUUAUCCCUGAUGGGCAAUCCCACACCUAUGUAAACACAGCCAGUGGGGAAGAUGAUAUAAGGGGCCACCAUUGUAUGCACUCCUUACCUGAAGUUCAUCCUCCGAUUGCUCAUUCCAACCAUAGCUGCUCCCUGGAGGACCGGAAUCCCCAGGUUUACAUUCAGCCAGGAGAAGUGAAGUUUGUUUUGGGCCCGAACCUGGGUUAUAGGCACAGGAUGAAAUGUGAUGGCUACUGUCGACCCCACUGGGAGUGCUCAAGGCAUUUCUGCACUCCUCACAACAACAACAACAACGAUUACAAAGACGAGUGCCUCGCCCCCAAGUGUGUUUAUGAAAACCUCAAUGGUCUGCUGCCUUCUCGAGGAACCUUAUUUCGUCAGGGGAGCGGGCGCUUGAAAAUUCCCUGUGAGGACCUGAAUCCUGCCAGUUGCUCCCAUCGCCGGACCGCCCUACUGCACUAUGAGAACUUGCCAUCAUUGCCUCCUGUGUGGGAGUGCCAGCCCCUAAGACAGGGCCAGGAUGAAGAGGAUUCUGGUGAUGCAAUGACACCUUCCUCCACUGGUUAUCCAGAAAUUGAAGAAGAUGACUCUUUACGAAAUUACAUGAACUCAGAAAGGGUUGCCCUACAUGGAGGCAUGCGUAGGGGAGGUUGCUUGCAGCGGCACCGCAGUUGUACCCCCAGCGUUUUCAAUUUCGACUUCUGCCGGCCUUAUUUGGAGCAGCCAAGGCAGCUCAAUUAUAUCCAGGUGGAACUGCAAGAUGAUCCUUGUAAAGGGCGGCAAAACAUACCAGUCCCCCACGUCCCAUGUGCAGCUGCCCAUCCAGCCCACAGGACCAAUUCCUAUGCGGUCAUUGACCAUAAAAAGACAGCAGCCAUGUCCAGCUUACAGAGAGCACUGCCGAAGGAUGAUGGGACUUCCAGGAAAACACGACAUAACAGCACUGACCUGCCUCUGUAAGAAGAACAUUCAACCCAAGCACCUCAUUGUGGCUU